AUGCCGCGUAAGAGGCCAGCUCCGUCCGAGCAGGGCAAUGGUACCAUUCGGAAAAAGAUUAGGCCCGUCGGCGACGGCUUACCAGAAACCAAAUCGAUCGGAGAACGAGCCGAGCCUUUCCGCUUAAUGACUGUGAGGUUUCCCAUCGACAGUACGACUCCCAAAUGGAGCACGGGACGAAAUCGCGAUAUCGACGAGAAGCACGUCAAGCAGCUGUGUCAGCUGUUCGAGGAUUAUGGACUGGAACGGCUAGAUCGUGCACAUCGACUCUGCCUGCUUUGCACUGCAAGGGAUGUGCGACUCAAUUGUGAACGUCUAGGCAUGGAUUGCAUACCCAAUGACCGCAGCGCCUCUCUGCCGGAUUUUAAGAGCUGGGACGAAACAAGCACAAGCCCAGCCGAAGUGCUAGCAGGAAAUCAUCGUAUUGCAGCUUUGAAGGCAUAUUUGAAGAGGCAGAAACUUGCUAGCGACGAUGGUGAGCGAUGGUGGAUUUGUGAUAUUUACGACAGAGACACUCUACCGCUCGACCUACAGAUCGAGCUUCGUGCAAAUCGAAGUGGAACGGUCCUCCCUGACACUCACGGCCAGAUCUGGACUGAGCUAUGUACAUAUGCUAAGCAGGACAAGAGUAGGAAGAUGUUCACUGGAGCGAGAUGGGAUAUGGAAGCGCAGAUGAGCCGGGCGCUGCGGCUUAAUACCCGUGAGCAAUUCCCGGUACGCCGUCUGGCGAUCCUAUGGAAGAAUGACCGCUGGCGCACGUUCAUCACUCGCAUUUGCGACAGGAGAGUAGGAAAAGAUCUGUUCAAUAUCAGCACCUUCCAGAAACUCGCAAGCUAUCGCAUCGACGACUACCUGUUCGAGCGGAUCGAGUGUAUCAUACGACCGGUCGAAAUAAUCUGGAAGGAGUUUGGCAUCGAGCUUGAGCUAGAACGGGACUAUAAUCGACUCUCUGGGCUGCAUCGACGAUGGAAUUUGCAAGAAUUGUUCUACCCUAAACACGACGACGGACUCGACAUCGGAGAAGACAGUCCCCGGCAUUCACAAUUCCUGUCGCAUGUCGAUGACUUGAACUACCAUGCACUCUACCACUACAUGGUGCGAAACGAGUCCGAACUAUCUUUUCCUAACGCGCAGGAAUCACUAAGGUUGUUGAACUCCGGGGGUAAGACGAUGCAGGCGGUCAUGACACAUGUAGUCAUGUGGAUCAACAACGAUGUUGUGAGUAUCAACGAUCGUGAGAGAAAUAAGCCACCGCUCGCCGGUGAACUGUUUUCUGCUUUGUCGGAUAUGCAGGGAACAACCGCGGAAAGAGAUCCGGAUGCAGCCAAGGCGAAGGCACUGGAGCUACAGCGAAGAGUACUCACGUUUGCUGAGGGAAACGCGGCACAGUUCACAAAAGAGGAUCUCUCCUUAGUUCCUGAAGUUGGCGUGGAAGCGAGCGUGUAUGAGAGAAGAUUCCAGCUCGAGGCUUGGAGAGAAGUCCUCGCUCGAGCGCGGAAGAUUGUGGGUCCACGCUUCCAAAAUUCCUGCGUAACAAAAUUCAAUGCAGAAGCCGUUGAGCCACAGCUACAGGCGACGAGGCUCAGCCUUGUCAAAACCCUGCAAGACACAAUCAACGGACAUUUCGAGACCGUCGGUGAUCCCGAGCUGCAGAGUGCCAAGGCAAAAGAAGCGCUGCGGAUCAUGAUCGAGGAAACCAUCAGUCAGUGGAAGCAAGAGUAUGGCCAGAGCGAGGAUAGGAGCGAAAGCCAUGACAGAGGCAUCCCAUCCAAUGUUGACCAGUCGGAGCUCGCUCGAUUUCGAGACGCUUCUUUCUUUGGGACGUCUCCUGUUGGUGAAGACAAUGGUCACACUUAUGGGACAGAAACCUCGAUGCGCCCCACCAGUACGGCGACCCAGCAGGUGCAAAGGGAAAGAACGGGGUUCGUCGGGCCGAGUGACUCAGAAGACGACCUGGAGCCCUCUGUAGCACCGGUAACGCACAUGGUGCCGUCGAGUUUAAAGUUGGGAAGACGUGAGUCUACGAAGCCGAUGCUAUUGCCGAGGCAUAUCUCACCGAACACAGCGGGACAAUUCUCGAGCGAAGACGAUGACCAGGCUCAGCGUGAGAGGUCACCCUCUCGGCAUCGUAGCGUGGCCAAGUUGGUCUCUGCACCUACUGUGCCUAGUGCGCAGCGGAAGGGCGCCACGUCCACGAGUGCAAGUAGAGCUGACUCCCGCAGAGUCCGUACUGUUGGGUCAGCACAGACGAACGGCCUUUCGUCCAAGCCUGUUAGUAAGGAAGAUGAGGGCCACUCUACACGUUCAGAUCGGACUCCCGCGCGGUCAGAAGACGAAUUCAGCAACGACGGCCCGAGUGAUCGUGGUCUCGAGGCGAGCUCGGAUGUUGAGGAUGCCAUCUACGGAGUCGUCGACCAGGACGCUACAGCUGGAGUCGAGAAUGUCGCCGAUUCGUUUCGCAUUGAUCACACACGUGGUGAGCACCGACUCCCAGUAAAUGCCUUCCUCCGCCGUACCACUGCUUCCGACCUCAGUCCCACACAAGCCAUCGACAUGCUUCAACAUAAAUAUACGUUGGAUUUCGGCAGUCGAUCAUCCGGUUCUCGACAUUGUACGCCAGAUGAUAUCCUAAUUCCCACUUUUCACCUCGAUAUGAUCGCUAUCGUCGGCCGACCCAUGAAGCCCAUUGUGCACUUCAGCGAUCGAUUCUUCGAGAACGUAACAAUCAGCUUUCAGAAUUGGGCAGCGCCAUAUCGGGCGAAGCACGUCGAAGGAGGGAUUGGGUUCGAUCUGAGACAUCGCACUUUUCGCAUAGCGUCUGGCUCGUCACGAGAGUCUUGGUUCAUCGUGAUGCAUCCGGGACUCGCAAUCACGGACAUUGACCAGUCCCGGGCGGAUAUGGAGGCCUCCAUCAGGAAUAGUGCGUUGGAGGAAAGACAUGCUCGAUUCUUGGCAGACUAUAUCAAGCAUGUAUUUCUCAGCGAAGAGUUAGUCGGAGAGGGCGUCGAGGCGGCGUGGCGCUUGGGUCAGACACGAAGCGAAAACAUCACCUUCAACAAGUGGACAACUUUUCAGUCAGAGUUCAUGGCCGGCUGGAACGAAUAUGUGACGGCGCAUACAGUCGAUCCAUUCUGGACGGAGAACAGACCGGCUUUCCAUGCAUACGACUAUGGGGCCAACAUCAUGCUCGAUGUGACCCAGCAGAUAGAGGAUCUCGACAAGGAAGAGCCCAUGCAAGGCAUCACAGAUGACUACCUGAGUGAUGGCGAAGCACGCAGCGAGGUCAACUCUCCCUCCCUGAGCCGAGAGACAGGUGUCGAUGUCACCCUUGACGAUGACGGGCUUCGAAACCUGAAGGUGGAGCUCGAGGCCAAGUUCGAUCUCGAGAAUGUCUGGUCCAUAUCGUACGCACUAGCGGUCGACCUUUACUGUCUGGAUGGCGAAGCCGUCGAUGUCGAGCCUAUGGACCGAGCGGCCCGUUGUAUGCUCGCCGAUCGCAAUGCCGUGUUGCAAGAGUUUCCCCGUCAGCGUGACUGGACCUUCUAUCCCGUUGGAUUCAGUCCGGUAUACGGCAAUUUUGCAGCCAGUCAGCCGCCAGAAUUCUUGAAGCAGAACGUGCUCACUGUGAUGCGGAAUAAUCUCAGCGUCCGCAAUGAAGGUGUCGAUGCACUCGCAUGUGGAUAUUUUCAGGCAUAUUCCAACGUCAAACGCUCCGUUCGUCAUCGGCCGGAUGAUCUUUUGGCGAAGAAAAGCCUCACGACUGCAGUGUUGUCUUUACCCGGCGCAGAAAUGACCUCGCACCACGUCCGAACAAAGCACCGUAAGCUUCAGGCGCAGAUGAAAGGCAUGCGGACACCGGAGGACAGCAACCAGUCACGGCCUUUCGCCCGGGAGGCGCAGCGUGUGCAAGCCGCUAUCGAAGGCGAAGAUUACGGAUAUCGCAUGGAACAGGUCGUGAGCAUGCAUGUGUCAAAACUCUGUACCGAGCGCCGGACGUUUGCGACUGUGCUUCAUCCCAUACUCCAGCUUAUGCGGUUUUAUCUGAAAGAGCCGCAUCAUUACCGCCGUAUCCUCCAUACUUUUGCCCCAGAAGUUUACCCUAAUGUUUUGUGUGGAUUUAGCUCAUUGUUCGACAAGGCCAUGGUUGGCUUACAGGAGAAAAGCGGCUUGCUCAAAGCAAAUACCUGCAACAUCGCAAUUGCGGAGGCUGCCGCGGCGUUCGAUCGCUUGGGAAGCUAUUUAUUUUCGGGAAGUGCAAAAGUGGUUGGCAACAACAUCUUCCGACACCUUGGCACAACAGAUUCGCUGCGCUAUGGCGGAUGGCCGUAUGUCGACCCUGGCGUGCUGAACGUCCAAGAGGGUAGAGCAUCGUUGAACAAAGGGCGAUGGCCGCAACGCAAGGAUGGACAGCCAGCGCUCUUGCACCCCGGUGUGGUGGAAUUCUACUUCGGCAAGCACAUUGGAGCUGCCCGUCAGAGCAACGCCUGGCUGCACGAUUUUCGAGGCAUGGAAGUUGCCGGCCGUCACAACGCGACCAGCCUUCUUGUAGACAUAUUUGGUCAAAUGUGGAUGUCGGAGACGAUGGGGUUCGUGGCGCGGGCGGUGCGGAGACUCUCUAAGAGACAAAUGCGCGCAUCCGCCGGCUCACAUGGAGACGAAGCGCUCCAACAGCUCGAAUCCUGGAUGCAAAUGGAGCGUCCUUUCUCAUGGUCGGCAUACAGCCACAUGGUGCCCCUCCUCUCGACUGGUGCGAGCGAUGAGAAUCCCUCGGUCAUGUCGCGGCGGGACUUGGCGAAAGAGAUCUACGAUGCGGCCAGCGAGAACUCCGACAAGAUGCGGCGGCGAUGGGCAGGACAAGAGGCGUCAUGGUUCUCCGUUCUCAGCAGCGUCAUUGCCGGCACAGAUCCCAAGAUCGUCGGCAGGGAGCAGUGGAUCGGCGCUAUCUCGGCGGCAAUGUUGGAAUGUUCUAUCGAGGCAAUGCCUGGGCCAUCGCGUGGGAAGCUAAGCAGUGCAAUCACCAUCAAGUUGAUGGGAAUGGCACCGUCGAAAGCAAUGUUGGCUACCAGACCCGGCACGCUGAAACGUGCAGCCAUCGAAGCCAACGAGAAGUCGAAGCGACCGCGACUACAGAAUAGGAUUGACUUCGGUUGCGACGUUCCCUUCACACGAGUUCCAAGACUCAUAGACGAGGGGCUGAGGGCGCAAGACAGGCAAUUCGAAGGAGGCGACCAGCGAGUCCGAGAACAUUACUGCAUGGUUCGACACUGUCUGGACGCUUGCCUCGGGGAUCCUUUGUGCGAUCUGAUGCUGAUGCUCGCUCUCACGCUAGCGUCGUGCUCGGUGACACCAGCGGUGAGCGACGACGAAUUUGAAGCCGGCAAGAGAAAAGACCCCAAGGUAUUUGUCGCGAAUCUGAUCACUCGCAUGCUUUGGUUCCUGAAACCGCAGGAAUUCCCGUGGACGACGGGUAACAGCGACGGCGUUCUGGCGAUACCAGAAAUGACGAGGAAAAUCGAGCACAAAGGAGCAAACAACCGGCUGCUCGUCAAGCUCGGGUGGGUCGAGUGCGUUCGAGGAAAGCGCACCAACCCUCGAAAUUCGGAUCUCGCGCUCGUGGAUGAAUCACGGCUAAUGGAAACAUACCAUGCGCUAUAUCGUACACGAAAGGACGCAGCACAGUUUAUUGCGAGGGUGUUUAGAAGCCGGGACGAGGCUUGGGUAGAAAGGUGUCAAAGUAUUGUUCGGGAGGGAGAAGCACCUGAAAACUCUUGA